AUGCUCCCUCAGCCAAAUCUGUUACGAUUCACUGCAAAGCAAGAUAGUGGACAUUGGUUUUAUGACGUUGGUGGGAUUGGCGUCGGAUCUGAGUACUAUGUAACAUUAACAAAUUCGAACGAGAAGCAAUAUCAGCAUUUGAUUCAGAACGGAAAGGAAGUCGUGUUUGCCAUGAAUCAAUGGAAGAAUCGCGAGCCACUCAAUGACUACUCAGCCCCCGCGCCCUCGCAAAGGCGAGCUCUCCAAGCCUCCGACGUCAUCUACACCCUCCACAUUCCUUCCUUCACAAAUGGCACCAACGGUUUUCCUCGUUUUAUUUCAUCACACGCAGGCCUGGGGACGUAUCAAUCCGCCUCGCAGUUCGUCAGCUACCUCGCCAAUCUGGGCGUGACGGUGGUUCGGAUCAUGUCGCUCGAGCCAGCGAUUUGCUUCAGCUCCCUCAUCGACUCCCGCUGCUGGAAGCGUCGCAGCAACGUCUACGAAGGGGUCCAGCACCCCGCGUACGGCUCGCCCGAAGAGCUGGUGGACCUGGUGCAGGCGAUCCACCAGAAGGGGAUGCUCGCGAUGAUCGACGUGGACUGGAGCGGGCUCUCGCGCUACUCCGACUUCUACGACUACGACGGGAGCUCGAUCCCCACGUCGUUCGGCCCGCUCUUCCAAGCGACCUACGACACCUACGAGUAUCAAUCGAAGACCUGCAAGAAGUUCGACCUCUCGCGCGGCUCCGCGGGCGAAACGAUCGUGUCCAGCGCGCUCGACCGCCUCGCGACAGUGUUCCGGUUCGACGGGAUCUACUGGCGCGGACUGAUGUGUCUGCGGCUGGACUCGUCGAACUGCGAGCGCGGCACGGGCAGCGACAACGCGAUCAACACGCAGUACCUGCGCGAGGUGGUGUCCCAGUUUUCCUCGUCGAUUUCAUUCUUCGUCGGAGAGGAUAACGACAACAUUUACUCGCUCGCGGGGUCGUCGGUGCAGAACAUCGUGGACAGCGUGGAGACCGACGGCUUCGGCUUUGCGGCGAAGCGGGAUUUGUCGAUAAUGAACGGACUGCGCUCGAUCCUGCUGACGGAAACGAUCGUGAUGCGGGAUCUGAUCGAUUUCUUGCAAGACACGUCGAAGCUCGCGACGACCAAUAUCAUUUCUCUCGAGACCGCAGAGACGGCGAACGAAGAGAGAUUGAUCAACACGUGUCUCACUCUCGAGCAGGGAAACUACACGUUUGCCUACAAGCGACUUUUGUUGGCACAGUUCAUGAUUGUGUCAACCCCGGGCAUUCUCAACUUCUUCCAGGGCUCCGAGUAUCUGGAGGACGAUAACUUUGCCGAUUUGCCUAGGCCUUUGCAGAUUGCGGAGAAGGUGGGAGAUGGGGGUGAACAGCUGACCGGGGUCAAUGCAGGGUUCUUCAAGGCGACCAGGAAAAUGCUUCAGAUUCGCCUGCAGUACGCACUUUACAACAUCGUGAAGCCGAACAUUUACUUUUUCGGAAAAGAGCAUUCGGUGUUAGCCUAUCUACGAGAAACAACCAGCGAGUCUUUGGUGGUCAUCCUUAACUUGUCAUCCAAAGAUUACGCAGAGAAACAGUGGGAGUGCGAAGGAAGAGGAGUGAUGUGUAGAGUCAUGGUGGAUUUCCCCUUCAGUUCGGCAAAUGUAAAAUGGACAGAUCUGUUUACUACGGAUAAUCCCGAAGAUCACUUUUAUGAAUGGUGUGGAAUGGUGUCGAUUGGACCUUUUGGAGUAAAGGUUAUGCACAUUGCGAAGUAA